UACUCGUUUCCAGUAUUCAUAACUAUGUUACCUAAAAUAACAGAACUAAUUAAAAAUGUUCAAGACAUAUCUUAUUCAUUUGAAGUAACGCCAGACAUAGCGGAAGAGGAAUUAGACAACUUUGACUUGGAACCGUUGUUCUUUUCUAUAACAUGGCAUGCUCAGACGCACCAGUGUAUAAAUUUAGAAAUUGCCCCAUUAAAGCUAGCCAAUUAUUUACGAAGUAAAGGCAAGAAUGUAUUAUUGCAUAUCUCUUGUACUAAUAUGAGGAGAGAUUAUGUAAACAUGUUAUUGACGACUCUACAAGAUAAAGGCAUAUGUAAUCUGUUUAUUAUUUUAGGAGAAAAUUUUGAUCCCAGCAGAUCAGAUUUUAAGAGUAGUCAAGAGCUGAUUAUAUAUGUCAGAGAACGCACUGGAAAUUAUUUUUGUAUUGGAGUUGCUGGAUUUCCAAAUUGCGAUGACAAAUUGUCGCAUUUAAAGGACAAAGUUGACAGCGGAGCUGAUUUUAUUUUAACACAGGCAUUUUUUGAACAUAAAAUUUAUGAACGUUACAUAAUUAAAUGUAGAGAAGUAUGUAUUAAUGUACCGAUUGUACCUGGAAUAUUUCCUUUUGAGACAAAAGGAGAAUUAGCUGGUUUUACGGACUUAUGUAAAGUACGCGUAACAAACAAUUUAAUAAAGAAGCUUGAAAAUAUUUCUGGAAUAGAAGUGGUUGCAAGAUUAAUUAACGAUAUGCUAGAACAACUUCAUGUUAAGCAUUUUCAUAUAUUUACUUUAAAUAAAUUGCCAAGAACGGCGAAGCUGAUCGGUAAAAUAAAUUCGAACAUUAAAUAAACGGUAUUAAUU